CAUAUCAAUAGUGAGGUAGGCGGAGUUUGCAUAGCCUGGUGUGAGUAUCCGGCACCAAAAUGGCAGCGAGUGACUCUACUACGGACGAUAGUCUUUAUCCGAUCGCGGUUUUGAUCGACGAGCUGAAAAAUGAGGACGUCCAGCUACGUCUUAAUUCCAUUAAGAAACUAUCGACGAUCGCGCUCGCACUGGGUAUCGAGCGUACGCGGAGCGAGCUAAUACCGUUUUUGACAGAGACUAUUUAUGAUGAGGAUGAAGUACUUCUUGCUUUGGCGGAACAGCUCGGUACAUUCACUCCUCUUGUUGGUGGACCAGAAUAUGUACAUUGUCUUUUGCCACCUCUGGAAUCAUUGGCUACUGUGGAAGAAACUGUUGUACGUGACAAAGCUGUGGAAUCUUUAAGGAAUAUCGCGAGUCAACAUAGUCCUGUAGAUCUAGAAGAGCAUUUUGUCCCAUUGGUACAACGCUUAGCUUCAGGAGAUUGGUUUACGUCAAGGACAUCAGCAUGUGGCCUGUUCAGUGUUUGUUAUCCACGAGUAGGACCAGCCAUCAAAACGGAAUUGCGAAAUCAUUUCCGCAGCUUGUGCCAAGAUGACACUCCAAUGGCACGACGAUCUGCUGCUUCUAAACUAGGUGAAUUUGCAAAAGUCGUGGAAAUUGAGUAUCUCAAGUCCGAUUUAAUACCAAUGUUUGUUAUACUUGCACAGGAUGAGCAAGAUUCGGUUCGUCUUUUGGCUGUUGAAGCCUGUGUCAGUAUCGCAGCAUUGUUGCAACAGGAAGACGUUGAACAAUUGGUCAUGCCUACACUUCGACAGUGUGCCAGUGAUCAAUCAUGGCGCGUUCGUUAUAUGGUGGCGGAUAAGUUUACAGACCUCCAAAAGGCUGUUGGACCAGAAAUCACAAAAACUGAUCUUGUACCAGCGUUUCAAGUAUUAUUAAAGGAUAUCGAAGCAGAGGUGCGGGCGGCAGCCGCUGAUAAAGUUCGCGACUUUUGUCAGAAUCUUGACCAGUUCAAUCAGGAAUCCAUAAUAAUGACAAAUAUACUGCCGAUAGUUAAAGAACUCGUGGCAGAUCCAAACCAACAUGUAAAGUCAGCUUUAGCAAGUGUAAUCAUGGGACUAAGCCCGAUACUCGGCAAGCACAACACGAUCGAACACCUGUUACCUUUGUUCCUAUCCCAGCUUAGAGAUGAAUGUCCCGAGGUGCGGCUCAACAUCAUUAGCAACUUAGAAUGUGUUAAUGAAGUUAUCGGCAUCCAGCAGCUUUCGCAAUCCCUUUUACCAGCUAUUGUUGAAUUGGCUGAAGACUCGAAGUGGCGUGUGCGACUAGCUAUUAUUGAGUACAUGCCGUUAUUGGCCGGACAACUUGGAGUAGAGUUCUUCGACGAGAAGCUCAAUUCUUUGUGUAUGACAUGGUUGGUAGAUCACGUUUAUGCUAUUCGGGAAGCUGCUACGUUAAAUUUGAAGAAACUGGUAGAGAAGUUCGGACCCGAAUGGGCACAAAACACAGUGAUACCUAAAGUCUUAGCUAUGUCGAGAGAUCAGAAUUAUCUUCAUAGAAUGACAUGCUUGUUCUGUAUCAAUGUUCUAGCUGAAGUGUGCGGCCCGGAGAUAACAACAAAGGUGAUGCUUCCAACCGUAUUAACAAUGGCUACUGAUAAUGUCGCAAAUGUAAGAUUUAAUGUCGCUAAGACUCUCCAACGAAUCGGACCUUUUCUUGAGCCUUCAGCAGUCCAGACUCAAGUAAAACCCAUUCUCGAUAAACUCAACACUGACAGUGAUGUAGAUGUCAAAUAUUUCGCUUCAGAAGCAAUUGCUGGCAUAGCAGCGUAGGUUGAACAACACAGAGUGCAUUUAUCGCUUAUCCAACAAUAUUCAACUUAAAUUUGAGAAAAAUACGAUACUUCACGAUACUUCACUUACACAUGGCAACAGGUAAUAUUAAUGUAGGACUCGUGGAAAAAAACAUGUAUUAAGAACUAUAUUACAAUAAAUAUAUAAUGCGAAUACAA